GGGGGAAGGCUGUGGAAAUCACUUUCUAGUCCUUUAGAGAAGGCAUCCCAGUGGUGAGGGUGUCUGAGGAUACAGAAACAGCCUCCAUGUAUCCCUUUCCUCAUAUGAGAGCUCUUUUUCUGUGCAAGAACUUAGAGGAAAGUAUACCACUUUAUCUCAUCUUGGAAUGAAUCCCUGUUUAUUUCUUCUUAGAUGUCAACUUUCCCCCUCCUAGGAUUAUUCUUGCUUGGUUUUUCAAAUCCUCCCAUUCUUCACUUGUUAGAGUAUGAUUUUAUGUUCCUUUCACAUCUCUUGGUAUGAAAUUCCUCCUUCCGUGUCUCUCUUCUAAGACAAAACUUUGAAUUCAUCAUUGUCUUCUGACUCAUACACCUUUCUGCUCCAUUGUGAAAUAUUUAUUUCCCUUUACGACAUCCAACUGCACCUCAGGUGCCUUACUCUUGUAGUAAUGUGGUCUCUUAAUGUGUAUUCAUCUGCUUGCUUGACUUUUCUUUUUACCCCCUCUGAGAUUCUUCAAAGGUUCUGUUGUCAUCCCUCUGCUCUGUCUCAUAGGCUAUAAAACCUUACUUUAUUCAAAUGUGUUAAGCUUUUUGUGGAGACUUGCAAUUGACAUGUCCCUUAACACUGUCUAAUAUACCUGAUGGUACCAUAUAUUUUAACCUGUCUCCAUGGCAAUUCCCAAUGAGUUCAUCUUUUUUUGUGUGAGAAACUAGAACCAUCUUCCCUCCCAGAAAAUCCCUUUCCAACAUCCUUUUUAAAAUUGAGAUUCUCUUGUACUUCUGUACAUCUUAAAUCCUGGCAUUACCUUGAAUCUUCUCUACCCUCUGGGCUCCUGUAUUUAAUGCCUCUGCUGUUCCUGUUCUUUGUGUAAUUAGGAAAGACGUUUCUAAAAUUUCUCAUUCUCAUUUCCUAGCCUAAACGAAAUCAUAAAACCUCAUGCCCACCUUACUGUAGUUCCUUUUUAUAUUUGUUAAUUAAUCAUUCUCUUAGUUAAACUUUAGAUGUUGCUGGAUUCUUUUCCCUAAAGCUAUCUUUUUCCUCCUCAUAGUCUGAUGGCAUUAAGUCCCAGUUGACCAUAUUACUAUGACAUAGAAAUUUCUCUUCUAUCAAACACCUAAGUCCCCACUCUCAAAGAGGAGGCAGAAAUUUAACAAAAAGAGAGUUUCAGUUUUAUAAGAUGAAAAGAUUUAAUGGAGAGAGAUAGUGGUGAUGGUUAUACACCAUUGUGAAUGCAUUUUAAUACACUGAACUGUACACUCAGAAAUGAUUAAGAUGGUAAAUUUUGUGUUAUGUGUAAUUUAUCACAAUAAAAAUAAAUGGGAAAAAAUACACAGAUACUAUGUCUGGUGGUGAAAACGACUGUAAACACCAAACCAUCAGCAUGGAAAAUAACUAGAGAUGAGGUCAAUGGGGUCAUAACUGGGGGUUUGCAAUAGGUCAUUUGGUCACAUAGGGCCUUGUCAUCCAUUUCAAACACUUGAUUUUCCUCCUAAUGAGAAAACCUUUAGAAGGAUUAGGGUAUAGCAGUGACGGGAUAUAAUUUAUGUUUUAGGGGUAUCACCUUGGCUAUCAGUAGAAAAUAGACUGGAAUAGGCAGGUGUUGAAGCAGAAAACCAGAUGUGAGACCUGGUUGUUGGUGACUUCAACCCAGCUUGAGGAUGGUAUGAGAAGAUUCUGGAACGAUAAAGAUUGAAUUUGCCACUUAAGUAGGUAUGGGGUAUGUUUGUUUCCUAGGUAACAAAUUACCACAAACUGUGUGACUUGAAACAACAGAAAUGUAUUCUCACAGUUUUAGAUGCUAGAAUUUGAAAAUCAAGGUAUUGAUAGAGCCAUGCUCCCUUUCAAAGAUCUAGGAAUGAAUCCUUUCUUGUCUAUUCCUCGCUUCUGGUAGUGGCCAGAAAUCUUUGAUGUUCCUUAGAUUGUAGACACGUCAUUCCAGUCUUUGCCUCUGUUAUUACAUGACCUUCUCCCUGUAUGUCUCUGUGUCUGUAGCCAAAUCUCUGUCUCCUUAGAAGGACCCCAGUCAUUGGAUUAGGGUUCACUCCAAUCCAUUUUGACCUGGUCUUAACUUGAUUACAUAUGCAAAGACCCUGAUUCCAAAUAGGGUCACAUUCAUAGCUACUAGGGGUUAGGGUUUAAACAUGUCUUUGGGGGACAUAUUCAACCCACAAUAUGGAGUGUGAGAGGGGAAAAAAACAGAUGGAAGAUGAUGCUAAGUAUUUUUGAUAGAAGAGACUAAAUUUAGUGGGAAACAAAGAAAUGUCUUUCAGAGCAAAGAUUUUAUGAGCAAAGCUAGGACAAAUCUUCAUGUAAUAUUUACAAAUUAAGCUUUUUAACGUGUGAAAUGUUUCUGCUAUCAUUGAAGCCUGUACAAAAUUCAAGUAAAUGGUAAAUAUAGAGACUAUUUCAGAAAUUUAGAAGAAAAGUAACCUAAAGUGGUAUAGAGAGAAUGAAGAGUGAUAGUAUCAUAAAGUAUCUUAGGUGAGAGAAAUAGCUCAGUUUUGAAUUAAGAUGAUAAGGAAACAUGGCAAGAAACUGGAAAUGUGCAAGGCCAUGUGGGGACUGUCAAAAGAUUGGCCUGAAACCAGCCACGUGGAGACCAAUGUUUGAAAGUAUUUGUUGGGGAGCUAGUGGAGUGGAAACUUAGAUAAACUGGGUACAUCAUGGUAAUGUAAACUUUUAUCACCAGGCUUACUGUUGUGACUUUUAUGUGUUAAUAAUAAAGGAGGCAUGGUGGAGGUUAGGUUUUGUAUAUUCUAACUCUAGAUAGUCUUAUUUUUAACCUCAGUGGCAGCAUUAUAGAAAUAAUAAGGUAUAUCCAGAUGUUCUAAGAAAAACUAAAGAUAAAAUUGUCACGUCUUGAUUCAGGAGGAAGGUGGUCCUAUAAGACCCUUUAAUUAAUGCCAGCAGAGACAUUACUUUAUGAUUAAGGAAGACGCUAUUGUUGGCAAGUUGAGAGAUUAGUAUAUCAGGGACAAUGAAAUGGGAAAAAUUCCACCAUGACAUCCAUACAGGUACAGAAUAGUGAAGAAGGUGAGCAUUCCCAUGUCUGGUGCAGCAGAUCUGCUUCUAAAAAAGACUGUGCCCCAUUAGCCUGUUGUGAAAGUCCAUCAGGAUCAUCAUGUCCCUUUCUGUGGGAACGUAUGAGAAUGUGUCACAGCUCCAUGCAAGGUUAGAAUGUGAGAUUGGUGCUUUGGGAAAGUGAAUUUGAUGAUGGUCUACCUAAUGAAGAAGAAUGGCAAGUUUUAUCAACAGGAUGAGCACCCAAGAGUCUGUUAGAAUUUUCUUGAAAUCAUGACCUGUAUGUCCAACAUUCUGAGUUGCCUCUUUGACGUAUAUGUUCUAACACCCACGUCUUCUUCUUUCUCUACCAGCGUGGUUAUGUUAGGGUCUCUUCAGAGGGCUCUAGGAAUCCCAAAACUCUAUGUUGACUGACUAAAGCUUUCAUCUGUGCCUUCAUCUUUUUUCAGUCUUCAUGUUUCUCAGAAAGUGAUCUCAUACAAUAAAUACUCUGACCUUAAAUAAUAUAUAUUUCUUUGUUUUGGGUUUUUUUUUUUUUUUUUUUUUGGCUGCACCAUGCAGCUUGCGGGAUCUUAAUUCCCCAACCAGGAUUGAACCUGGGCCCAUGGCAGUGAAAGUGCCAAGUCCUAAUCACUGGACUGCCAGGGAAGUCCCCUUAAAUAAUAUUUACAUACUGAUGUUUCCACAUUGCUAUUUUCAGUCAAGACCUUACUCAAGUCUUAUCAUCUGACUGGCUUUUCCGUGUCUGUGCUUGGAUAUUAUCUCAAAAAUGAUAUGUUUCAAAAUGUACUUGGUUUCCCUCAUAUUCUGAACUUGGUUUCCCUCACAUUCUGAAGUUUGGUGAUAUUCCUCAUCUUGUUAAAAGGCACUACCCAACUACCCAAUGGGUCAAGCCAAAUACUCAGGCGUGCACUUUGAUUCCCUCUUUUGUUACCUCUCCUCACAUCAAAUCCAUUAGUGAGUCUUGUUUAUUCUUCCUUCCAAAUAAAUCCUGACAUCUUCCACUUCUUAUUUCCUUUGCUUCUUCAAACCACUGUCACACUUGGAACUGCUUACUUUAUUCCUUAUCUUAUUUGUUUAUUGUUUCCCUUUCCACCCAUAGAAUAUGGCUUCAGUGAAAGUAAAGAAUUUUUACCCUGAUGGCUGUUAUCUUUUGGGUUGUUUGGUGUUUUAUAUUACUGUGUCUUUAACAAUUUCCAAGAGACAGGAGUUAGUGUUUAAUGGAUACAGAGUUUUUCAGUUGGGGAAGAUGAAAAAGAACUAGAGAUGAAUGGUCGUGAUCGUUGUACAACAAUGUGAUUGUACUUAAUGCCACAUAAAUAUACACUUAAAAAUGAUAAAAUUUAUCUUAUAUAUAUUUAACAACAAUUGUGAAAAGUUUUUUUUUUUUAAAAAGAUAAGGUACUUUUAUACUUGGAAUUUCUUUUAUAUUUGAUAUCAGAGGUUUUCCAUUAAAGAGCCAGCUCACUCCAAGGUAUCUUUUUUAAGUGUUUAUUGAAUUUGUUGCAAUAUUGCUUCUGUUUUAUGUUUUGGUUUUAUGGCCAUGAGGCAUGCGGGAUCCCAGCUCCCCAACAAGGCACCGAACCUGCACCCUCUGCAUUGGAAGGUGAAGUCUUAAACACUGGACCCCCAGGGAAGUCCCCCAAGGAAAAGGAAGACCUCCCCCGUCGUUCGGCAGUACGUGAGAAAAUGGCGGCUCCCGGUAAAGACCCUCGAAACCGGCGCGGAAAUAUUGCGUCAUAGAAGGACCAGGAGGAGCCAGAUUCCGGGGUCUCUGGAACUGCGGUUUUUGGACCUCGUCGGCCACCAUCCUUUCAGCUUCUGAGGGUCGUGUCCGCCGCGUGGGUUGGUCGCCGGGCUGCAGACAUUGAGGCAAAGUGUUUAGAACAGCGGUAUCGUGAUUUGCCUCCAACGGUGAAGACGGGGUUCAUCCAUCAGUGUUACUGACACCAAAUGUGCAUGACUUUUCCCCCACACCGGCCAGUUCUCCAACUCCCUGGAUGUCCUACUGGGUGUCCUACAGUUCACCUCAGUUCUGGCACUACCAGGAUUCAGCAGAGACCUCCUCCGCCACAGGUUAAGGGCUCAGUCCCACAUGACCGCCCCCACUUCAGAGGUCAGUUGCAAGUCCCAGGGUGCCACCAGUAAUUCUGGCCAGCUGGCUAUAAGUUGGAGGUUUCCAUGCCUCCCGCUCCAGUUCAGUAAUUUACCAGAACAGCUCACAGAACUCAGGAAGACACUUUACUAUUACCAGUUUAUUAUAAAGGAUACAGAAGAACAGCCAGAUGAAGAAGUACACAGGGCAAGGUCCAGAUGAGUCCUGAUCAUAGGAGCUUCUGGCUCCAUGGACUUGGGUUGACCACCCUCCAGGCACCUCAGAAUGUUCAGCACCUCAGAAGCUCUCCAAACCCUGUGGUUUAAGAAUUUUAAUGGAGGUUCCAUUAUAUAGGCGUGCUUGAUUAAAUCAUUGGCCAUUGAUGGUUAGGCUCAAUCUCCAGUCCCUCUCCCUUCCCCAGUGGUGGGGCUCAAUGUUUCAACCCUUUAAUCAUGCCUUGGUCGUUCUGGGCGCCAGCCACUAUAAUCUCAUUAGCAUACAAAAGAUACUCUUGUCACUGCAGAGAUUCCAAGGGUUUUAGGAGCUGUGUGCCAGGAACCCAGGACAAAGGCCGGCUAUCUAUUUCCCAUUGGACCCCAGCGAGUCUAAGGAAAGUAGCCACUCCAUUCCAAGCCUAUUAUGGGUUUGUAGCAAAAGCAGUACCAAAUUCAAUGAACUGUUUUUUCAAUACCAUUUAGACUUCUUCCCCCUAACGUAUUAUUUAUUGACUACUCUUGGCUGCCAACCUGACAUCCCUGCCCCCUUUGUUAAGAAAAUGCCUAUUUUAUUUCAGUAACCAUCCACCUGGGAACUUGACCUUAACCUCAGUUUGGUAGGAAAUGCAGAUUAGUCUUACCAAUGGGGGUAGUUCCAUUGCUAUUCUCUGUUUCACUGAUGUGUUCCAGGCAUGAGCAUUUGGUGCAGCUCUGAUCUGCUGGGUGUGAGGGAAAGUCAGGCAAGGAGCUUCUGGGAAUCGUUGGGUCUUUCGUCCUCCCACAGUAGAGAUCUCAGUUCCAACCCAUUCCAGCCUAACCACCUCUUCCUACCUCUCUCCUGUCCAUAAGGAGUUCUGCACUUGAGAUGUGUACCAUCUCUUUUUGGGCUGCACUGCAGGGACGCUAGACUGAAGGGCUGGGGCUGGGACAGAGUGGUCUCAGGAUUGGAAAUGGGGGUGGUGUGCAUGUUCACCAGUAUGUUUACCAGUAAUUGUUCAGAGAAUGGGCAGAGACGUGCUCUCUGGAUGUGGAGGAUUCAGGAGAGCUCAAGAGAGUCUUUAAGAAUAAUUUGCUGCCUCAUGGGAUGGAAGCAAAAUUCAAGUUGACCUUAUGGUGUUCGUGCCCUCAGAGUGUGAGUUUCUUUUGUUUUUUUUCUUUCUUUUUUUUUUUUUUUCCUGCAUGUGGGACUUAGUUCCCCAACCAGGGAUUGAACCAGAGGCACGGAUGGGGCUUCCUUUGCAUUCCUUGUGUGGAGGGAGCUGUCUGGAUGUGCACAGGGAAUAUGACAAGAGCUGAUUCCAAAGGCCCUGUUAUUGCAACUGUGACUGUAUGACCCCCUCACAGUAUGAUACACCAGGGAAGUUUAGUUCUUAAAGUGCCUGAGAAAGAGAACAAGUUUGUAUUGUGAGGCUGUUGGAAGAGGGAAGUGUCAUAAUGGAGAGGCACAGAUAUGAAUGCAGAUUCCCACAUUGCUCCUGAGGAAGGGUGUUAACUUGGGCAACACGCUUCACCUGACCAAGCUUCAACUUACUGGUGUUUAAAAUUGGAGAUAAUAAUGAAGACCUUACAGAACAGUGUUGAGGAUUACAUAAGAUACGACUUGUGAUCUGUUAAGUACAUUGAUCCUUAAACUGGGAUAAUUGCCUCAGUACAGUAAACAGAAAAUUUAGAUGUAUGUGGGCUCAGGUGGUUUUAAGUCAGUUUCCAGAGCCACCUUUUCUUAAAAUUUUUUUUUGAAGUAUAGUUGUUUUACAAUAUUGUGUUAAUUUCGGCUGUACAGCAAAGUGAUCCAGGCAUACAUAUAUAUACAUUCCAUUUUUUUUUUGUAUUCUUUUCCAGUAUGGUUUAUCGUAGGAUAUUGAAUAUAGUUCCCUGUGCUAUACAGUAGGACCUUGUUGUUUAUAGAGCCACCAUUUUUGUACUUUAUCUUUUCUGAAAUGGACCUAUGUGACAAGACCAUGAGCUGGUUUUUGUUUCCCAUUUCCUCUUCCACAUUCACUCUCUUCCAACUUUACGAAAAUAAAAGGCAUUCCUCUCGCCCAUUCCAUAUCUUCCUGUGAGGCACAGCCCCAUGAUGUAAAAACUUUCAGAGGGUUAAAGAGACAUGAAAUAUUGGGGCCUUCUCUUAGUGUGAGUCCACAUAGCAAGGGAGAGAGAGCUGUGGUCCCAGGCUCAAUCAUUGAAUUUGCUCUUGAGUUCACAGGUUCUAGUAAUAGAAGAAGAAGAAGGAAUAUUUCACUAAUAGAAGAAGAAGAAGGUUCCAGGAUUGGGAGAUCAUCAUUUCUGGCAGCAGCCUGACCUGAGAUCUCUGACCACAACUUCCAGGCAGGCCCACAGAGACAGAAGACAGAACACCAGAACACACCCUAGAGUUACAUGCUUUUUUUUUUUUUUUUGGCCGAGCUGCUCGGCUUGUGGGAUCUUAGUUCCCCGACAAGGGAUUGAACUCACACCCUCGGCAGUGAAAGCGCAAGAGUCCUAACCGCUGGACUGCCAGGGAAUUCCCGACACACCCUUUCUUAAGAACUGGAGAAGAUGAUCAAUGUCCAGGCAUCUUUGUCAUUUGAGGACGUGGCUGUGCAUUUCACCUGGGAAGAGUGGCAGUUACUGGACCCAUCUCAGAAGGACCUGUACAGAAAUGUCAUGUGGGAGAACUACUGCAACCUAGUGUCAGUAGGAUAUCAGACUCCCAAACCAGAUUCACUCUUCCAGUUGGAACAAGGAGAACCCCCAUGGACGGUAGAGGGAGCAGGCCAGAGUCAAACUUGUCCAGCUUUCUGGAUCUGACUGCAGUUUGUCUCAUCCAGGACCUUGAGGCACCAGGGCCUCUGCCCUAUGAUGUUCUACUUCCUGUAUGUGAAACCAGAACCCUCCUUUCUCCCAGAUAAUGUCUUCACCAUCAGAGUGUGUAUUCGUAUAUACGGAAGAUUUAACCUCUCUGCACUCUAACAGCUCCUAAACAGAUGCUUCAGCCGCAUCUUGAGGCCCUGUCCUUGAUUCUUCCCUUUUCUACCUCCAGAGUUCAUUGUGAUGAGAAACCCAUGAAGCACCAAGCACCAGGUGGAAAAAGCAAACUCAGCAGACAUCUUGAGUCCUAUUGCAGAAACUUUUCAUCUAUAGCAAACUAAGCCCAUGCGCCACAACUACUGAGCCUGCACUCUAGAACCCAGGAGCCACAACUACUGAGCCCGUACGCCUAGAGCAACAAGAGAAGCCACCGCAAUGAGAAGCCCGCGCACCACAAUGAAGAGUAGCUCCCGCCAGCCGCAACUAAAGAAAGCCUGUGCACGGCAACGAAGACCCAAUGCAGCCUAAAUAAAUAAAAUUUAAAAACUGUGAGAGCAGUGCCUGGCGCAGGGUCAAUACUCAGCACAUUGUCACUCUUUGUAUGCUUAUUUUUCUGGUCUCACAAAACAUGGAUUACAGUGCACAUUUCAUCGUGAGCCUAGAGCAGGGAUGGGAUAUGGUAGGAUAUGAUGUAUCAGGCCCACGUGUCAUUCUAAGAGUUAACUUGGAAGGAAACACUAAUUCACCCAGGCCUGAUUUGAUCCAUAACCAGGCUGUCAUUCUCUAUCAUGUUUUAGAGCCUUUGACCCUGGCAGGACCCCUCAUUACUGGAGUAAACGAGGGUGGUCAUGUUGACUAAGGUCAGUGGGGAGGGAAUUGUGGAGGAGCUCAGCAGUACUGUCUUUAGGUCUCUUUUGGAGCCAACAUUGUUACUUUAUAUGUAGAAAAGUCUCCUCAGGACAGACAUGCAAGUGGGUCCUGUUACAAUUUGUGCUGAAGGAGAAACAUUAGAAAAAAGACAUAAAUAGAUCACAAAAGGCAGAGAUAUGGUGGCAAUCAAACUGAUUUGUAGGUAGAUCUAAUAUAAUAGUCCCAGACUCUAACCCAGAUCUUCAACCUUUAUUCUUCAGGGCCAGCUGCUUUUGGGGACACACUUUCUCCUUAGUAUGUGGAGUCCCUCAUGAUAUUCAAACAAAACCAUCAUUUUUUAUUGUUGUAAGAGCUUAGUCUUAUAUAUAACUUUCUUUGUUCCCUGGUAUACCGUAUUGACAUUAAAAUGGAAAAAGCAGAAUCCUGGAGAAAUUUGCUGCUUAUUAACUAUUUUUGAAAACCAUUCUUGUUUGUUGGUAAAGAUGGUAUUAAAUUCAUCUAUUGGGUUAUUUUAAA